CAUUUCUUUUUUACGAAAAUGGCGUCUGGUCAGGGAGGCGUGGGAGCUGUCAGUGCUCUGCAGAGCCAUCAUCACUACCCCAGCGGACCUCCGUGGAGCCCGGGCCCCGGGCCGCCGCAGCCCCAGCAGCCGCAGCCGCAGCCGCACCAGCCGCACCAGCCCCAGCCCCAGCAGCACCACCCGGCCCGCAGCCUGGACCGGGCUCUGGAGGAUGCUGCGUGCUCGGGCAUCCUCAACCUGAGCGGCCGGAGGCUGAGGGAGUACCCGGGGAUGAGCUACGACCUGACCGACACCACACAAGCAGAUUUGUCCAAGAAUCGUCUGACAGAAAUACCUCCAGAAGUGUGUUUGUUUGCCCCGCUGGAGUCACUCAACCUCUACCACAACUGCAUCAAAUGCAUCCCAGAAGCUAUUAUCAAUCUACAGAUGCUGACGUAUCUUGACAUCAGCCGAAACCUUCUGUCAGUUUUGCCAAAAUACCUGUUCAGCCUCCCACUCAAAGUUCUGCUCGUGAGCAACAACAAGCUGGUGUCCAUCCCUGAAGAGAUCGGCAAAGCCAAGGACUUGAUGGAACUGGACGUAAGCUGCAAUGAGAUCCAAGUCCUGCCGGCUCAGGUGGGGAGACUCCAAGCCUUACGGGAGCUAAAUAUCAGGAAGAACUGUCUUCAUAUGCUGCCUGAAGAGCUGGCUGACCUGCCUCUCAUCCGACUUGACUUCUCCUGCAAUAAGAUCACAGAGAUUCCUCCAGCAUACAGGAAACUCCGGCAGCUGCAGAGCAUCGUCCUCGACAAUAAUCCUAUGCAGUCUCCACCCGCACAGAUUUGCCUGAAGGGCAAAGUGCACAUCUUUAAGUACCUGAACAUCCAGGCUUGUAGAGCGGAUAAGAAACCAGACACCCUGGAUCUCCCUUCCCUUAGCAAACGUUGCCUUCCACAGCCGCUUACAGAUAGCAUGGAAGAUUUUUACCCCUCUAAGAACCACGGGCCUGACUCUGGAAUUGGAAGUGAUAACGGAGACAAGAGGCUCUCAACAACAGAGCCUUCGGAUGACGACACCAUUAGCCUCCACUCACAAGUUUCAGAGACAGCUCGCGCUGAUGCCUUAUCCCUUCUCUCCAAAAUGGACUCUUGCAAAGAUCAGGAUCUCUAUGACUUUAUAGAGCCCAACCCCGACGAGGAUUCUGCUCUGUCAGAGUGUGACGGGCAGCAAAGCUGUCAUGUGUCUUGUAUAAAGGAGUUGGAGAAAGUCCUGAAAAUGUCUCAACAGUGCGGAGACAGAGACGGCUGGAAGGAGGAGUCUGGUUCUGAUAAGGAGCAACUAACUGAAGAAGACAGUGAUGAACUGAAGGAGGUGCUGGAUUUGAGGAAGAUCGCGGUGCAGCUUCUGCAGCAGGAGCAGCAGAACAGAUUCCUGAGUCACUCUGGAAGUUCCAGCAGCAAAGCGAGGCUUCCUCCUCAGAAUGCUCGGAGUGCUUCUCUGGAUGAAGGAAGCAGCGGCGCAUCAGAGCUCAGUGGGCAGCCUUCUUCAUCUUGCUCCUUCGAUGGCGGCUUGAAGACAGAUCAGUCGGAUUCAGAGCCCAACUGGCCUGAAGUUGCGCCUGUCCUCAAUCAAAAUGAAGAUCGCCGGAGGAAUAAAUACCUGAGAAAAGAUUACCUUAAGUACAAAUGUCAAAGUGCACGGAAGAAUGCCUGCGGGAACGAUGACAGCGAGGAUGGUUUGCGCAACUCUGAAUUCAGCAGCACCUUGACAGUGUUUGGACUGAAACCAAGAUCAGCUUUCACCAGAGGAAACCGUCAGGAAUACACCUCAACAGAUCCCAGCUUCACCAUGAGGAGGAAGAUGGAGCACUUGAGAGAGGAAAUGGAGCAGAUUGGGCUCCUGCGGCAGAACAUUGAGUCCAGGCUGAGGGUGCUGCUUCCAGACGACGUCGGAGCUGCUCUGAUGGACGGCGUUGUCCUUUGCCAUUUAGCCAAUCACAUUUGUCCUCGGUCUGUUGCCAGCAUUCAUGUACCAUCGCCUGCAGUGCCAAAGCUCAGCAUGGCAAAAUGUCGCAGGAAUGUUGAGAACUUCUUGGAUGCCUGUAAGAAGCUCGGUGUUCCACAGGACAAGCUGUGUCUGCCUCACCAUAUCCUGGAGGAGCGUGGCCUCGUGAAGGUGGGUGUGACUGUCCAGGCUCUGCUAGACCUGCCCACGUCCAAGCCCACACUCGCGUCGUCUGUUUGACCCAUGCCUGAAUGCUGGACGGGACCUGCAGCCAUGCAGGACACCUCUGUUCCCCGUCCAAACCUGCACCACGUUGCCAGGGACCAGAGACCCCCCUACCCCCCGCAGGGCGAGGAUCCAGUGGCUCGUGGUUUUUUGGGAGUCUGCUUCUGACUGACUGAAACAGGAGACACGAUGAUUAACUGACUCCUUUGAUGAUGUCAACCAGGAACCAGAUUAUACCCGUCACAUUUUCCCUUGUGAGCCCCUCCUUGUUUCUGGGGUCGUCCUGUAUGUGUGUGUGUGAGGGCAUGGAGCGUUUUUCACAAGACAGCAAUGACUGUACAUUCCCCUCAACUGUAACUAAAGCACCCGCAAAUGCCAGGACUGGAAAGAAAGGCAGAGGGGAAAUAUCAUACACAACUCACUCUUUCACUAAGGAUGGUUUUGUUUUUACAGUUGGAUUUGUUUUUAGACCCCCACAUCAGAAACAUUUGGGAUGGUACAGUAUGUA